UGCGCGAGUUGCGGCGGUAUCACCGGCCGGCUCCUCGAAAGACUGCAACUUCCGAAUCAUCUGGGCAAUUAAGUGUCGCAUCGUCUGCGUUUGCGAACCGUUUAUGUGGAGCUAUCUCGUGUCCUCUGGACCAACGGUAACAAAUGCCUUAACUUGAAUCUUCCGGUGAGGAAAUGCCCACAAGUGGCCGAGCUGGAGCUGCGCGGAACCCGCACGCAUUCUGCACCGCGGGUCGGUGAUGGAGAUUCGUGUUUCUCGAAUAGCGGACAGCGGUCGUGCAGGGUGCGGUGCUGAAUCGGACUCGCAGCUUAACAUGAACCAAUGACACACACCUCGUAGAUGAUGGAAUAUACAAAACUGUAUUUAUGCAUCUUAAACUGUUUGCAAGUAGUGAGGUGUUAAUGACCAAAACACUGUUGAUAAUAAACAUACCAUAUGAUCGCGUUCCGUAAAAUGCACUUAAUUUCUGGCGUGCAAAAUACGCUUAUGCUGCUUUUGAGAUAUUUAAAGGAAAAAGUGAUGUGGUUCUGUUGGUUGAACUGAGCAAAUCGUUACUUAUCCUCGAACGUCGCAUUCGUGGAAAUGUGCUUACUGGCAUAAAACGGCAAAGACGUGACUGGUAAUAUCUUUCUUUGUCAGAUGCUUGUUGUUAUGAAUAUGACCAACAUUAAGUUACUUAUUUACAAUAGUCACAGUUUCCAAGUGACCACAAUUACCACAUGAAACAAAGCAACCAAAACAGCAAUUAUUCUGUAUUUUAUUCAUAGCAGGAAAGUAAAUGCAGCACCAACAAAAAUGACUUUGACCCAACCGGACCUGAGAUUACAGUGAUCCAGCUGCGUGAGUUGCACAUCGAAGCUCCGGAUCUGAUGCUGGUGACCAGGCGGUGGGAGAGGCUCGCGACCCGCACAUUGUUCCUCGCCCUCGCGCUGUUGCUGCAUUCUAGGAUGUUGCGACAAGUUUUGCACGAGGGGCUGAGGACGUCAUUCCACAAACUGGGCCACUUUGUAGCCAAUCAUCCGGUGUUUUUCGCCUCCGCGCCCGUGUUGAUCUCCAUCCUGCUCGGCGCGAGCUUCAGCAGAUACCGCAUAGAGGAAAACGUGGAGUACCUGUUGGCCCCUAAGCACAGCCUGGCGAAGAUCGAGGGGAACUUGGUGGAUAGUUUGUUUCCGGUGAACCGGUCCAAACACACGCUGUACUCGGACCUGCAGACACCUGGGAGAUAUGGCCGGGUCAUUGUGACCUCGCGCAGGGGGAGCGUGCUGGACCCUCAUUACGUCAGUUCUGUGCUUAAGCUCCACAACACAAUCACUCAGAUCCAGGUGCCCAUGCUGGGCUUCAACUACACCUUUGCCCAUCUCUGCCUGCUGGAUGACAGCAAGAACUGCAUCGUGGACGACAUCCUCCGGGUUCUUGAGGAGAUGCGGUCAGCACGGGCGUCUAACCGUUCCAUACCACUUCUGCGUUACCCUAUCACCAGACUCAAAGACGGGCGGGAGGCCUACAUAGGCCACCAACUGGGCGGUGUCCAGACGGGAGGAAGAGAUGGGGUUCGGUCCGCUCAAGCCCUUCAGCUCACAUACUACCUGCACCCAGCCAGCCCGCUGAACGAGGUGGUGGCCGCUCACUGGGAGCUGGUGUUCUGCAGGGAGCUUGACGACUUUGGAGAGGCUCACCCGGAGCUUGGCUUGUACCCCUUCACCUCCUCCUCUCUACAAAGGGACUUCCAAAGGACGAGUCGGGUGUCGGAGCGGCCACUGCUUUUUAGCCUGGCUGUGUGUCUCUCGCUAGCGAUGCUUUGCUGCUCGAUGCGGGACUGCGUGCGGACUAAACCCUGGCUGGGUUUGCUGGCUCUGGUAACGGUCAGCCUCGCUACGCUCACCUCUGCGGGCAUCUUCAACCUCACGGGUGGAAAGUACAACUCAACAUACCUCGGCAUUCCUUUUGUCAUGCUGGGUCAUGGCUUGUUCGGCACAUUUGAAAUGCUGUCAUCUUGGCGUCGGACUCGCGAGGACCAGCACGUAAAGGAGCGUGUUGCGGCUGUGUUCUCAGACUGCAUGCUGCCAUUCACAGCCAGCACAGCCUUGCACGUGGUAACAUUCGGCAUCGGAGCCAGUCCAUUCACGAACAUCGAGGCCGUGCGUCUCUUCUGUCAAAACGCCUGCAUCUCAGUGCUCUUCAACUACCUCUACAUCCUCACCUUAUACGGUUCCAACCUGGUGUUCGCCGGCUACCUGGAAAACAACUACCGCCACAGUUUGUUCUGCAGGCGCGUCCCGAAACCCGAGUUACUCCAGCAGAAGCCAGCGUGGUAUCGGUUCCUCAUGUACACGCAUUACAACGAGGAGGCCACGGAAACCGGACCUCUGCGUGCUUACGAGAGUCACCUCCUUUUAGCCUUCAUGAAACGGUAUUACUGUGACUGGAUCACCAACACUUACGUCAAACCAUUCGUGGUUCUUUUCUACCUGGUCUAUGUGUCCUUCGCCCUCAUGGGCUACCUUCAGGUCAGCGAGGGUUCAGAUCUUAGUAACGUGGUUGCCAAGGAAACAAGCACCAUAGCAUACACCCGUGCCCAACAGCGGUAUUUUAGUAGUUACAGCCCCGUGAUCGGCUUCUACAUCUACGAGUCGAUCGAGUACUGGAACACCAGCGUGCAAGAAGACCUCCUACAGUACACCGGAGGAUUCGAACGCAUCUCCUGGUUUGAGAGUUACCUCAACUACCUUCACGGCCUGAACGUUACCACAAGCCUGUCGCGCAGCAACUUCACCGAACACCUGCGAUCCGGAUUUCUUCGUCAACCCUGUUACAUGCACUUCUCGGAUGACAUCAUCUUCGCCAAGCGUCCGGACGGCGAAUUUGACGUGGUGGCUUCUCGUAUGUUUCUAGUGGCCAAGACUACGGAAAACAAACGAGAGGAGAUGUCAAUCCUACUAGACACACUGAGGAAGUUAUCGCUGACCUCCAGGGUAAAGUUUAUUAUCUUUAAUCCAUCCUUUGUGUAUAUGGACCGCUACGCUUCAUCGGUUGGCGCACCGCUGAAGAACUCUUGCAUUGCUGCGGUUUUUCUGCUGUUUUUUUCCACCUUUUUGGCAGCUGACCCACUGGUGAAUGCCUGGCUGACUGUGACGGUAGCCUCCGUCGAAUUCGGGCUGGUGGGUUUCAUGACUUUGUGGCAGGUAGAGUUGGACUGCGUCUCGGUGCUGUGUCUGAUAUACGGAGUGAACUACGCCGUAGACUCCAGCGCUCCGCUAGUGUCCGCCUUCGCUCUAGGCCGGGAAUCUACCCGCACCCGCUGGGUAAAACUGGCACUGGAGCGGCACGGAGUUCCUGCCCUUCAGAGCUACUUGUGUUACGGGGCUGCUCUGCUCCCUCUGGCGGCCGUGCCAUCUAACCUCACCCGCACGCUCUUUAGGUGCCUCUUUCUUACCGCCAUCAUCACAGCCUUCCACUGUCUGGCCAUCCUCCCCGUCCUGCUCACCUUCCUGCCACCCUCCAAGAAAAAUAGGAGGGAACAAAAGAAUGCUGCGGAAGACAGGGAAGAGAUUGAGUGUGUGGAGAUGGUGGACAGCACACGGGUGGUUGAUCAGAUUACCACUGUCUGACCGCAUUGAGGGUGCCUAGAGGAUUCGAAAAAGAGGGGAAACCACUACACCCCAGGGGGGUGGCAGAGGGAGACCUGAGAUACAGCCACUGUGCAGAUGGGCUUCCAGUUCUCCUAAAUGCCCGAGAUGGCUUUUAUGGGUGUACUUUAGCACAAACAAGACCAUAUUUUUAAGCAAAGCUUGUUUGUGAUGCUAGAUGAGUUUGAGGUUGAGCCAUUAAAAAUGGGCUCUGUUGUCAGAAGAAAGGUAGAGGCCAGAUGAACCGAAUUGCUGCACAGUUGCAGAUAUUAAGAAAAGGCUCUUCGGAUCUGCAGUCUUGCAGAACUGUUGAAAUCCAAGUUUGAUUUUAAUAAGACAUCACACACAAUGUCUCUGGUAUCAUUAUCAGUAUCAUUAGGGAUGCACCGAUAUGUAAAUUUUGAACGAUAACCGAUAAUCCUUUAACAUUGGAAGCCGAUAACCGAUAUAUUGGCCGAUAUACAGUAUCUAAAUAUUCAUAUAAAAUUCCCUAAGACUGAAACAGAAGGCAAAACGUGGACAACUGCUUUUUAACUGUGAGCAGCAUGCAGCUGAAGAAGUUUAACCAGAGGAAAUCAUUUAUCAUUUAUCGGCUAUAAUAUAUCGGCCUACAGUUUAUUAUCGGCCGAUACAGAUAACAUUAAAAAUGACCAUUUAUUGUGCAUCCCUAAUGGUAAUGCACGGGGAGCCUAUCAUAACAAGACGUUCAGAAGGCACUAAGCUAAAGACCAAGCAGCCAUAUUCAUAUCUGCUGAUACUGUAGCCAUGAGCCUAAUGCACCUGAAGUCAUCUUUUCUCAGCGAGAAACCAGAUGUAGAUGUUUUAAUGAGAACAUAUAUAUGUCUCUGGGGAUGUAGUGGUAUUAUAAACAUAGAAAGGUUCAGGAUAGCGUCAUCCAUUAUCAUUUCACCACUGACCGUGGUGGUCACCUCCCCCACCCUGACCGUGUCUCAGAGGUAUUAAAGGCUGACAUAAGGAAGAUAAAAAUGGGAGGGAGAAAAGAAAGAACAGAAUGGGGGAGGAAAAGAGAUACAGGGAAGCUUGACAGGUUGAUAUGCGGUGCAGUGCUUCCAUGGUAACCCUGAUCACAGUUUAGUUGCAUUGUGUGUGAAUGGUUUCCCACUCCCUCAAGUUCAGUACGGCUGCUUAACAAAUACAUUUGGAGCUUAAUCUUUCUAAGGAUUUUAACCAUGCUUGUAUUUAAAAAUGCUGAAAAUCACCUUGUCACAGACAACGCUCCUUAUCAAUAUGCAUGAGCCAGAGGCCCCGCGUUUUCCCGCUUUUGCCCUCUGUGUAUGAGAGGCUUUAAGAAAGGGCAUAUACUGUAGAGAGACUGAGAACAGCGGGGGGAGAGAGAGAUAUUUUUCACAUUCUCCUCAGCCAGUAGACAACAGAUGUCAAAUCACAUUAUACAGUAUAAGUCUACAUUAUAAGUGAAACUGCUACAUGACAGACAUUAGAGAGAUAUUUUAUUUUUAAUGCGACGUUAAGUGGAAUGGGAUGUCGGGCCAGUCAGAUUUCACAGUGGGCAGGGUAAGCAGGUGCAAUGUUGCAGAAAUACAGUAUAGUGACAAAUUCCCCGUCACUUGUUGUACAAUAGGUCAGGACAACUUUUAGUUUUAUUGUGUAAUGCUUGGUCAUGGCACGGUUUGAAACCAAGUGUAGUUAUGAUGUCUGAGAGGCAGAAUAGAACAUCAUUGCAAAGUGUCAGAUGUCUGGUUAUAAUGCUUUCAGCAAUUUCAUUAGCGUGUUUUGGGAUCUCAGUGGUCUCAGACCAGUCAACUGACUGAAGCAUUCAUUGAUGUCAAUCAAGCUCUCUGAAUGUAUCCUUUUUGUUGUGCACUUUCAGCCCCUCCCACUUCUCUUGAAUGGGUGAUAAUCAUUCUCCAAACCUUCACAUGCACCUGAAAAAUCUGCCAGUUUGUCUGUCCAUCUCUCCACCCAACUGUCUGUCUAUCCGUCUGUUUUGUCUGGGUAGGCUGAACCAGUCUCGACUGCAUUUGAAAGUGUGUGCCCUUUAAGAAAAAUAUGAAUAUGAUUGACAAACGGGAAUAAUGUUAAUCUGCUUAUCUUUUACCUGUCCUCGUUCUUGUCAGUUCUGCUGGAUAUGAACAUUUGAUGCAAACUCCUUCACAUACCUCUGCUUUCAUACUGAUACACUCAGGCUUGCAUCAUUUCAGUUUGUUUGCACACCUCCACUGUAUAAUUCAGUCCAAAUAUAAUUGCUGUGAAGCAGUUUUGGCACCGGGCCCUUUGAAGAUGUCAAAAGCCAGUGGAAAGACUGAACAAAAAAGAAUCCACCCACAUUGGCUUGCACGCACGCACGCACACACACACACACACACAGCUUAAGAGUAUAAGCAUUCUAACUGAUAUGCCUCUGGAGGAGAUGAUGGUUGCUUUUUUUAUCUGUUUCUAUGAAUUUCAGAUGAAUAAAAAUUAAAAGAGGGUAAAACUUAAAGAGAACGGCUCUGUUUGUGUGGUAGCACUUGUUUGUUUGUGUCAUGAAAGGGCUUUUAAUGUUCAGUCAGUAAACAGGACCAAUUGAUCUAGUUCUAGAUUCAAAAUUGCAUCCUGCUGCCAUCUAGCGGCGAAUUUUAUUACGUGACAGAUUUAAAGAUGCAGAUUUGUUAAUGGAGUGGAUGCAUUGAAUAGAUGGACACAUGAAACUUUGUGUGGUUUAACCAGAAGUGUAACCAAAGCAACACACACAGACUAGAAGAGAGUUAGUGUGGGGACUGAAUUGGAAUUCACUCCCACAGUGUGACAUGAAGAGCAUCCUCCACACAUGAAGAGCGCUCAGAUUCAGGACUCAGGACUUCUUUAGUGUAGAGAGCUGUGAAAAUUGCUUGCCUGUCGUUGCCAUUAGUAAAGGGUUCAUUACGGCGACGGUAAGGGUCAUCUGAGCAACAGUAUGACUGCGUGUAUGUGUCUACUGAGCAAUCCCGGAAAAAUGGUCUCCUGGAGAUGAGACAAAAAUUUCCUGUAGGGACAUUUAGGAUGUUUUAAUUUCCACAACUAUAUAAACAAAGUAAACAAUGCUUUUUUUAAAAACAUUUUUGUUAGG